CACCCUUUUGGCCCAAUAGCAGCUUUCAAUAUUUUUUUUAUAUAUAAACUACGCUCACCUCACUCUUCUGCCUAUAGGAAUGGGGUUUCCAAAUAAUUGUAAUGGCGGCUGGAGCCAAAUCGUUGCAAUACAUUAUUUUACGAAUACAAUAAUUUAGCACUGAAGUCGACGUUUAUGGGCGGGAAAACUGUGCGUUAAAAAUCUUUUCCUUUUAGAUUAAGGUAGAUUUCUGCCUCACCCAGUCACGUACCCCGCCCCAGCCCCGCGCCCCAUCCGCUUUGCGGCCUGGUAGUUCUUCUCACUUCUCAGCUUCUCGGAGUUUUGGCUGCCAUCUGCAGUUCAGCUCAUCGGCUCAACAACCCCAGCGGCCUAGUAGAAGGUUGAAAGCCAGAAUUCAGAAGCAGAUCGGAGAAGCCCAAACCUGUUUUGCUUCGUUCCAAUUUCAAACGACCAGUGCCGCUAGGUCUUCUCACAAAGUCACAAAUCACGCAGCAAGUCAGUCCCGCACUCCCGCUCCCGGCUUGAGACUUCCAGUACUUCACCGCAGCACUGUCUCGACACAAUCUGCAACCACCGCUCCUCUGCCGCUGCCGCUGCCGCUCUGCUACGGCGCUAGGCGCAUGCGGACUCGCCACUCACGCCUCAGCCAAGACAGCCAACUGAGCUAAGCACUCGGUUUUCAUUUGCCAAUCCUGUAACCCUAAAAGCUGCCUUGAAAACCUAUUUGGAAGAACGAUUUAGAAACAUACAAUAAAACUUCUAAUGGAAAGCAGCAAUGGAAGUACAACUGGAGGCAGAGAGUGGAUGGCUGAGGAUGCCAUUGCUGGAAAUGCAGAGGCGGUCCGUGCUCUUCGGGAACUCAUUAUGUAUCCACUCCUGUAUUCUCAAGAGUCUCAAAAGCUUGGCCUCAAAUGGCCUCGUGGCUUGUUGCUCUAUGGUCCACCUGGUACUGGAAAGACAAGUUUGGUUAGAGCAGUUGUUCAAGAAUGUGGAGCACAUUUGACUGUUAUUAGCCCACACAGUGUCCAUAGAGCACAUACUGGAGAAAGCGAGAGAGUUUUGCGGGAAGCAUUUGCAAAAGCAUCGUCUCAUGCAAACCUUGGGAAGCCAUCUGUUAUCUUCAUAGACGAAAUUGAUGUACUAUGCCCUCGUCGUGAUUCUAGAAGAGAACAAGAUGUACGUGUAGCUUCUCAGCUCUUUAUGUUGAUGGACUCUAAUAAGUCCGUUUCAACAUCUGGAUUACAUGUUGUUGUAGUGGCAUCAACUAAUAGGAUGCACGGAAACGUCAAACUCCCUCAAGUUUCCGUCCCAGAAACGUUUUGGAAACGAGAAACGCCAGGAAACGCCGGGAAACGGCAGGGAAACGCGGAGAAACGUUUCUGAUGACUUGGGCUUUUGGGCCGGCUUGGGGAAACGUAUCGGAAACGGGAAUUCAAUUGGGCCACGGCGUUUCUGGUUAUUUUUCUCAAAAACAAGUCUGCGACUCUAGCAUCACUCGACGGCAAUUAAGGGCUUGAAUACUGAAGCAACGCUGGUGACGACGGGAAACCUAAUGCUGAACUGCUGAAGUUGGUGACCGGUGAAAGCCAUCUGCUGGCCUGCUGCUGUCUGCUGCUCUACUUCGCUGGACGCGUGGGUUAAAGUGGGUCUGGGUAGUGCCGUAUUAGCCUAUUUGGGGAAGUUUCAGAAUUUUAGAUUCUUUAAUUUGUGGGUUGACACACUCGACCCGGCUCUAAGAAGAUCUGGGCGUUUUGAUGCUGAGAUUGAAGUCACAACCCCUAAUGAAGAUGAACGCUUUCAUAUCCUCAAUCUUUACACUAAGAAGCUUCCAUUGGACCCCAGUGUUGACCUGCAGUCAAUCGCUGCCUCUUGUAAUGGCUAUGUUGGGGCAGAUUUAGAAGCUUUAUGCCGCGAAGCUACUAUGUCUGCUGUCAGACGAUCUUCAGAAUUAGAUCAAGUAGAUUGCUCUUGGAACAUAACAGUGGAUGACUGGAGGCAUGCCAAAUCUAUUGUUGGUCCUAGUAUAACAAGAGGUGUAGUUGUGGAAAUUCCAAAGGUUUCUUGGGAGGAUAUUGGAGGACUACAAGGCAUAAAGAAAAAGCUACAGCAAGCUGUAGAGUGGCCGUUAAGGCAUUCUGAAGCAUUUGCGCGGUUGGGAGUAUCACCUCUUCAUGGCAUCCUUCUUCAUGGACCUCCAGGGUGCUCUAAAACCACCCUUGCAAAAGCUGCUGCUCAUGCUGCACAGGCUUCCUUUUUUUCGUUGAGAAUUGUAUUCGAUGUAUGUCGGUGAAGGUGAAGCUUUGUUGCGCAAUACAUUUCGAAGAGCUCGACUUGCAGCACCAAGCAUUAUUUUCUUUGAUGAAGCUGAUGUCAUUGCUGCCAAACGUGGUGGAAGUUCUAGCGGAAGCAGCCUUGUUGGGGAGAGACUUCUGUCUACUCUUUUGACUGAAAUGGAUGGCCUGGAGCAAAUGAAGGGGAUUCUUGUUUUAGCUGCAACCAAUCGCCCUCAGGCAAUUGAUGCUGCACUUAUGCGACCUGGGCGCUUCGAUCUGGUUCUCUAUGUGCCGCCACCAGAUUUGGAAGCUCGAUGUGAGAUCCUUCGUGUGCAUACACGUAGCAUGAAGUUAGAUGCCGAUGUUGACAUUAGGCAAGUAGCUGAGAAUAUGGAUCUCUACACAGGGGCAGAGUUGGAAGGGCUGUGCAGAGAAGCCGGAAUUGUUGCUUUAAGAGAAGAUAUUUCAGCCACUGUUGUGUGUGAUCGACACUUCCAAACCGUCAGGCAGUCACUAAAGCCAGCGCUCACCCAGGGAGAAAUUGAAUCAUAUUCCUCCUUUAUGAAGAAGGAGAAGGAGAAGAACCCAUCUCUCUGUUCUUCUAGUACACUUGAAUCCUCCAGCUACAAUCAGAGCAGCAAGACAAGUCGGCAUCUUUUGAUGAGUCCUGCUCUUAGAAUCUGUAUUUUUAGUGUAGUUUUGUAUGCUGCUGCAAUUUAUGCGUUCACACCGGCCGUUCUAUUGUCUAAAGAACUAAGUACUUAGAAUUUCAUUGUGUUUGUGUUGCUUAGUUCUGAACAAAUAUUAUGUACGGUACUAUAUUAUAUCUAAAAAAGGUAAAUCAUUCGUUUCA